AUGACUGCUGACGAUCCGUGGGACACCAGUAGGAGGAAGAGCAGCAGCAGACAGAAGGACCUCAUGAUGGUGAGGCGAGCGAUGGGACCCUCCUGGGAGAGCGUGGAAGAGACUGCUGACCGCUGCAUCAUGUGUCUGUGUGAUGCUCUCCAAAGAAGAGUGGCCUCCAAACCCCGGCGUGGAGGGCUGUCCGAUGCUUAUAAAGCCAACGUGACUCACUCGCACCAGCAACGCAAUGAGAAGUCGGUGAAAGACCAACACUUUAAGACCAUGUGCAAGGCUCAGUGA